AAACUUAAGUCUUAUCAUGGUAGUGUUUGAUCAUACGGGUUGUAAAUGUAUCAAAAAUGGAUUGUAGAUUUUUUUUUCUUGUGAAAUUUUACUACUCACAAAAUAUAUAAACUUUGGAAUAUUGUGCCUGGACGUUGAAACAUUGCUUUAUUGAUCUUCGCUUAUGCUAAUGGUACUUGAAAACUGUUUUAUUUCGGAUCAGCUUGCAAUUUAAACAAAUCAAAAUUACACUACUACCGAAUGCUUAUCUUUUGUAAAAAAAAGUGUCACAUUUUGUGCAAAUAAAAACGAUGAUGAAGACUUUACAUACGCCAUACUUUCAUUCAUUGUAAAUUGUUCGCGAAUUGCAUAGUUCUUACAUGACAAUUAUCAUAUGACUAUAACAAGACUCAUUUCUGUUCUUUUAAUAACUUAGAUAUUUUUAGGCUCAAACUUUAAGUGGAUUAAUUAAGUAAUAGAACGCUUUCAGAAUAGUGGGUAUAGGUUUUUGACAUCAUAAAAGCGACGUGUUUAUUGUGAAAUUCGUUUGUGUAUUCCGCACGUGUGUCACACCUGGAUAAUUCGUUUUUAACGCCUAAUUUGCCGACAUCAUUAAUACAACAAUUGUGACCACUGAUAAAUAAAAAAAGGCACUUUGAAAGUUAAAAAACUAUAAAUAUACGAUCAUGGAUUUUAGAACUGUGAGAAAAUAAACAUAUUAUAUCCUAAUUAACUUAUAUUUGUGAAGAUGUUGGGAACUUUACCACCUCAAACCAUUGAUCAUCACGGCGGCAUGAUGAAUCCGGCGAAAAGAUUCCGUCGGGAAGGCAGUUUACCAGACACUGAUCAUGGGUCGUCGGAUAGCUCGCCGGAUACAGCGUAUAACAGGAAAUACGCGAAAUCUAGUGUAAAAUCAGAACCAUCAGCAGAAGAUGGACAAAACUUUACAGACGAGGAAAGUGUUUUUGACGAAGAAGAACGCGCAAUGCUCAGUGAAGUUGGUCACGUGGAUGUCAAUGGCAACAGUAACCAAGCGCCAAAGAAAACGGUAGCUCAGAUCAUGCGUGACAAGAAAAAACAGACUGCUAUGACCUUACAAUGGUUGGAGGCAAAUUACUGUAUAUGUGAAGGUGUCUGUUUACCAAGAUGUAUAUUGUACGCUCAUUACUUGGACUUUUGUCGGAAGGAGGGCCUCGAACCAGCUUGUGCGGCUACAUUUGGCAAGACAAUCGACAUGAAGUUCCUCAUUAACCACAGACGUCUUGGAACUAGAGGCCAUUCAAAAUAUCAUUAUUAUGGAAUAGGAAUCCGAGAAACCAGUCAAUAUUACCAUUCUGUAUACACAGGCAAAGGUUUGACGAGAUUUUCUGGCUGUAAAUUGAAAAAUGAGGGAGGCUUUACCAGAAAAUAUUCCCUCAGUUCUAAAACUGGGACGUUGUUACCUGAAUUUCCAAGUGCUCAAUACCUCAUCCUUCCACCACCUGUACAAAAAGAAAAGGUGGAAACGUUUAUCAUGAUGUACAAAACACAUUGUCAGUGUAUACUUGACACAGCAAUCAAUGCCAACUUUGAGGAGAUCCAGAAUUUUCUACUACAUUUCUGGCAAGGACUCCCGGAACACUUGUUGCCGUUGGUAGACCAUGAAAUCAUCAUAGAUCUGAUAUGUGUCUGUGACUCUAUACUCUAUAAGGUUUUGACUGAAGUUUUAAUACCUUCCACCAUGCAAGAAAUGCCUGAAACCUUAUUGUGUGACAUCCGUAACUUUGCCAGGCACUGGGAAAACUGGAUGGCCACAGCUCUAGAUAAUCUGCCAGACAAAUUGUCUGAACACAAACUGCCAGUGGCACGAAGAUUUGCAUCUGCUUUAAAAAGACAAACUUCCUUUCUUCAUCUGGCACAGACUGCCCGGCCAGUUUUAUACGAUGCACAGCUUGUGAAUCAAAUGAUAGCUGACGUUGAUCGUAUUGAUCUCACUUCGAUUGGAACUCAUGCUCUAAAUGCGAACAACGACGGUGAUCAAGAUAUAGAACUCAACGCAGAACAUUUGUUUCCCUCAGUAUUGCGAGAGUUCAAGGAACUGCUACGAAAACAAGCAACAGUAGAAGCGUUUACAGAAUGGCUGGAUCAAGUAGUGGAACAAAAGAUCAUAAAACCAAGCAAACAAAACGGUAGAUCAUUUAAGAAGAGAGCACAAGACUUCCUGUUGAAGUGGUCAUUCUUUGGUGCAAGGGUUAUGCACAACCUAACUCUGAACAAUGCUCAAUGCUUUGCAUCUUUUCACUUGAUACGAAUGCUCCUGGACGAAUACAUACUUCUUGCCGUUGAAUGCCAACUGCAUAAUGAAAAGGAAACAGAAAUACAGACUUUAUUAGACAAACAUACGAAAGCUGAUGAAGGAGGAGUGCGUCAGCCUUUGAAUACUACACCGAGCACUUGUUUUGUUGCAAAUCGUAUUACAAAGCCAAACGGUGCUGAUGUAAAGAAAGAAACUUAUAUGAACCACCAGAUGGGUAAUGGAUCUUUCCAGCAAUAUCAAGGUUUAGCUGAGAGAGAUUACAACAACCCAUUGAUACCACUGCAAUCAAUGGUUGGGUCCCAGCCUGUGAAUGGACACAUGAUGACACCACCAAUGUCACCAAUAGUACCGAAUCCCACACGAGGUUCUGUAAUCAACCCUGGUCCAUUGUUUAAUCCUGCAGCAUCUCAAACGUCGUCAAUAAUUUCAUCCUCAUCGUUUCCUUAUAUGGCUCAAGAUUUCCAGAGUGCUGGCUCCUCACAUAUAAACAGUUCCUGGGGAGGUGGAGGAUCAAAUAGUGCUUUUAGAAAUCCAUUCUAUAAUUCCAGUUUAUAUUCCAUUAAAAACGAUUUUGAUCCAUAUAAUCCUUAUACAGACAGUGCUGACUUGUUCUAUAAUGGGUUUUCGUCAUUUCCGGCACCACAACCUGUGUCACAGUCUGGUUUUCAGACGAAUUCUUUACACCAGACUGGUUCAGCGUUUAACAUUGUUCCUACUGGUACAAAUUCAGGAUUUUCUAGCAAUCAGCCAGCUUUUCCACAAGAUUUUGGAUUUUCUGGAAGUUCAUUUAGUCACCCACAGAAACCUGUUGCAGAAUAUGUUCCAGUUAUUCAACCAAGACCACAGCUAACUCAGUUCACACCGGACUACACUAAUGACACAUUGAAUAUAUUAGACAAACCCCAUCGUCACAAGGACACUUCCAACUUCUUCAAUAGUUCUAGUCCGGCAAGUUGCCAUAGUCCAAGACAUCAUGAUAACAUAAGUUCAGAUGAUAUUCUAAACAUUGCAUCUUGUAUGACUGGGAUGAUCAAUGUUGAUCACGAUAUUCACCAAGGAUUUACAGACCCUGGACCGUUACCAUCUAUAAAUACUGUCUUUGACGCGGGAAAGUCUGUGUAUUGACCAAUGAGAUAUGAGUUAAGAGAUAAAAGGUGACUUCGUUUUUGGUAAAAAAGGAGCUGAAAGAAAUGUGGACGCUCAUGUUGAGCUAUCGGAUAUUUAUACAGCAUUUGAAACUGAAUAUAGUGUGACAUAUUGUGUUUUUGACAUAUAGAAAAGGGGUCAGGCUUAAAUCUGUGUACUUACAAAUAAGGGAGGUUCGAAAUGAAGAGUAAAAUAUAUUCCAUCUGAUUGUGUUAUUGAAGUCGAAGAUGUAGUGUUUGCUUAACGUCAGUUUAUCAAGACCUUGUGUGCCUAGAAAAGAUGAAGACUAGGAAAUUACUUGUAGAGCCAGGAUUAAAACUUUGUGUUAAACUAAACAGCGGUAGAGUCGUUUAAGAACUUUUAGAAGUGUAAAAUGAAACGACCGGGUACAGAAUGUUUCUAUUGCUGUGACCAUGUAGUGACAUGUGAUGAUCUAGGUGCAGGAAAACACACAAGAGUUGCGUCUUGAUAGGUAACGCCUGGAGCUUGACAAGUAUGUGUUUGAGAUUGUUUGAUUACGCUUUACAGCUGGAAAGUAAAUGAAUUACGUUCGCAAUAUCUAGAAAUGUGAACCAGAUGUUUAAAAUAAUGGUGUUAGAUAUUCUAUGUGCCAUGACACAAGUAUCGUUAUUAAUGUCAAACUUUGACAAUAUAUGAAGUCAUUCUGAUGGGCGAUUUGGUUGCACUAUCAUUGAAAGCAUUUUACGCUAAGACAAUUGGCUUGUGACCAGUUAGUUAAUCGUUCCUAUGGACACAUCGGAUACUUUUGAAAUUAAUAUCGUAAAGGACAUGAAUAAGCAAUAUAAGUUGCAAUAUGAAUGAGGUUUAUGUAACAAAGAAGAAAAUUACCAAGUUAAUUAGAUUAUGAUCAGCUGUUUCAGUUAACAACAAGAGUAUGGAGUUUCCUUUGGUAUUAGUCAAAACUGUCAUUUUCUCAAUCUGAGUGUAGACUAGAAACCUCAGAUUACGCAGUAUCUAAGUUUGUUAGAAUAUGAAGAAAAAAAAUCAAUUUAAGAAUGAAUAUUAUUAUAUUCAGAAGAAUAUGUUCAUACUUUUUUUUUACAUUUGCAAUACGAGAAAAUUAUCGACUGUCCUGAAUAUUCAUUGUGUAUCAUUUUGCUUGAUUGUAAUAAAGGAAAACAUAACUUCGUGCUAUAUUGACUUGCAAAAUAAGAAGAUAAAUAUUCAUUCAGUUGCAAUUUAUCAUUCAUUUUACGUGGGUAUGUUACUGUGUUUAGUCAUUUUCUUUUUAUCAUGACAUGUACUUUGUGUCUUUCUUGAAAAAAAAAGACAAAACUGAGCUGGGGAUGAUCUGAAGUUAGUCACGGUUUAUAAAUCGUCAUAGAUAAAUAUAAAUGUAUUCUUAAUGUAUAUACAUGCACAUUAUGCUUGGGUUUUCUACUACAUUGUAUAUACUUUAUUGCCAUAGGGCUUCUAAUUUGCACGUGAGUCCAUGACAUAUUUUUUAAUGCUUCUUAUCAUUUUUAUUCAGUCUGCACGAGAAUGCUUAUCUUGCCUGGCUUGGAUGUUUUGUCUCUCGACACGUGCAUGUAUACGUAUUAGUUUCGGUCUUUUAAUAAAUUUUUAUAUCAGAUGUUAAAUCUUUAACCAACUGCUGACUUAAGUGGGCUUAACGCAAAAAGUUCCCAUGUUUAGAAAAAAAUACAUAAAAAGCCAUUUUAGAUAUAUAUGAAUGGAUACAUAUUAAAUGUCAUUUUCACAGGACAUUUGAUUAAAAAACUGACAUAUAAAUGAAUGUGUGAGAUUAGAAAAGCUAGGUUGUGAACAUAUGUUUGUGUUAACUGAUCAGAGAGCAGCGAAUGUUAAGCGUUAUUUAUAAACCAUAUUAUAUAGAUGUGUAUAUGAACAUGUGUAAUUGUUUCUGAAAAUUUAUGCAGAUUUUAAAGUAAAUCUUAUCCUAGUAUUUUUAACAUUUUGUUCAAUAUACAUGUAUUAUUUUGAAUAUCAGAAAUAACAGAUUAAAAUAUUGAAGAUAUUA